CCGACAUGGAUGUCAUCGGCAUAUCUGGGAACUUUUGCUCGGACAAGAAGCCAGCAGCAGUUAACUGGAUUGAGGGGAGAGGAAAGUCUGUAGUUUGUGAGGCAAUUAUCACGGAAGAGGUGGUGAAGAAAGUUCUUAAAACUGAGGUUGCUGCUCUUGUGGAGCUGAACAUGCUUAAAAAUCUUACUGGCUCUGCGAUGGCUGGUGCACUUGGUGGUUUCAAUGCCCACGCCAGCAAUAUCGUCUCAGCUGUGUAUAUAGCAACUGGUCAGGACCCAGCUCAGAACAUAGAGAGCUCUCAUUGUAUCACUAUGAUGGAGGCUGUAAAUGAUGGCAAGGACCUCCAUGUUUCUGUUACAAUGCCUUCCAUUGAGGUUGGUACUGUUGGAGGUGGAACUCAGCUUGCUUCUCAGUCAGCUUGCUUGAACUUAUUGGGAGUGAAAGGUGCCAACAGAGAGGUACCAGGGUCAAAUGCAAGACUCUUGGCCACAAUAGUUGCUGGUUCUGUUCUUGCUGGGGAGUUAUCCCUCAUGUCAGCUAUCUCAGCUGGGCAGCUGGUUAAGAGCCACAUGAAAUACAACAGAUCUACCAAAGAUGUCACAAAGGCAUCCUCCUAAUGAGGGGAAGACAAUCCAAUUCCCCACCUUGUACUUGAAGCUGUACACAGGUGCUCCAACAAGUAGCUUCCACUUAAGAAUGAUCAAGAGUAGUAAUAAAUAAAAUUUACAAAGCAAAACCUAUAAUAGAAGUCAGAAGACAAAUAACGCCAACUUCUUAUUUUUGGUGAAGUCAUGUGAAGGUGGUAGGGUCUCUUUUCCUCAUAGUUAGGGUAAAGAAACCUGAAAAUGUAUUGUGAAGAUCCGCUGGGGGAAGUUAGCUGGGCUGUCUGUUGUCUCAGUGAUUCUUGAUGCCAUUUGUUAGCUGCCAACACUUGGUAUCUUUCAAUGUGCCAUAGGGGGAAUAUCCUUUUCAUUUCUGUUGUAUUGUUCUUUCGUUUGUCAAUUUGUCAUUUGUUUGUAAUUUCUGCUGGGGUUGUCUGGGUCUGAUCAGCAAGUGUGAUCUUGUAUAUGAAAAUAAAUUUCUUUUAUUCAAAUGAACUGUUGUGGCUCUGUUGAAGUGUUUGUUCAUGCACGGAUGCACCCAUUUACUUAA